CCGAACACGUACAUGUUUGAUUGCAUCGUGGAGCGUUUCGGCGUUGACCCGUCCCGCACCCUCAUGGUGGGAGACCGUCUGGAGACAGAUAUCCUCUUCGGCAAGAACUGCGGCCUUUCCACCAUCCUCACCCUGACAGGUGUCUCCCGCCUGGAAGAGGCGCAGGCCUACAUGGCCAGCGACAGUGCCGCUGCCAAGGAUCUGGUGCCCAAUUACUAUGUGGACAGCAUUGCAGACUUGAUACCGGGCCUGGAUGAGUAG